GGCAUAUUUUAUUCACCUUUUUGAACCCAACGUUUUCUUUUUCUUUCUCUUUCUUUUUCUUCUUUCAUCACUUUAAUCUAUUCGUAUUCGCAUUUGCAUUUGCAUCCAGGGGUCAUCAAAUCAACCAAUUUCUAUUUCACAAUCAUUGUCACCCAUUCCAUUCCAAAGCAGGACUUUCUGACACUCUCAUAUCUUCAUACUCUUACAUCUCUCAUCAAUCCAUCAUAUAAAAAAGAACAAAAGAUGCAUCGAGUACUACUGAACCAUGGCCGUCCUCCAGUUGGCAUGAACAAGCCUUUACCAGAACCACUCGUUGACCCUGAUGAAGGAAAAACUCCCAUUGGUGAGUUGGUCAUUAUCCCUAUUCAGGGAAAGGAUCUUCCUAACCGUGAACGAUUCGGAAAGCAGGAUCCCUUUAUUCUCUUCAAGCUUGGAAACGUCAGUAAGAGGAGCACUACAGAUAUCCGCGGUGGUCAACGACCCAUGUGGAAGGAUGACCAGGUAAUCAAAACGCAAAAGCGAAUUUCGAGGCGUGACGCAUGGAUAAAAUUUUCCCCUCGGGAGGACAAACAGUCUCCAAAACAGUGAUCUUAUCUCAGCAUACAACACGACAUGGAUUAGCAUUGGACAUUUAGUUCAGCUCAUGGGUUGAAAUAUUGGAAAACUGCAACAUGCAU